AUGCAACAACCUCAAAAUCAAGCAUCAUCCGCCAUUGCUUCACCAAUAUCGAAACAAAUUGCCGAAGAUCAAGUCUACUCAUCAGAUGAUUAUAUCGAUGAAGACAGCGGUGAUAUCCUAAAUGAUAUGAAGAAGGUUCAAAAGAUAUCUGAGGUUAAGGAUUUAAAGACUCCCGAGAAAAUAAUUCAAGAGACCGAAACAGAAGAAGAAAAGGAAAUACAAAAUUUAGCAGAAAAGAUGAAUGAGUGGUGCUCAGCUCUUAGAACAGAAGUCAUGAAUAAUUUAUUUGAUUUGAAGAAAAGAAGUGUACAGAAACUUAACGAACUCCAUCAACGAAACAAUGACGAUCGAGACGAUUUAUUGUAUCAACAUAAAUUAAAAGAAGAGAAGUUACGAGAUAGUAUUGCAAAGAGAGAUUACUAUUUGGCACGAUUCAAAACAUUGACGUUCCGAAUGGCAGAUCAAAUCGCUCAUGCAAGAAGAGUUGAAAGAGAAAAGACAUUAUUGAGAAAUAUUUUAAGUAAAUGGAAGGAAUACACUGAAACAAAGAAAAUGAAAAAGAAUUUAGGCGCAAUGCUGUUGCGAAACUAUCGAAGAAAUCAAGCAAGAAAAAUUCUUCAAGGAUGGUACAUGUGGAUUCUCAAUGCAAAGCAAAACACCACAGAAAGAAUAUGGCAAAACAGACUCGACAAUGAAAAAACUGAAAUGAGGAAUGAUUAUGAAAUGAAAAUUGAGAAAUUGAAGGAGGAACUUCUCAAGUUAAAUCAAGCUCUAGAGAGGGAGCAAAGCGACAAACUCGUUCUUCAAGAGAAUUUGAAGAAGGCACUCAUGCGAGGAGUUUGUGCAAUGAACAACAAGUUCUUAGAAAUUAUCAAGGAUACAAAUAUUAAGCCAACUCAGUCUUUCAAUGUACAACAAGAAUUGGAGGAUGUUCUUAAUGAGGAUCAAGAUGAAUCCGAGUUCAUUCAAGCCAUGCAAAGUCAACAACCUCCAAUCCCACGACCUUAUCCAAAUUAUACCCCAGAUAGCCAAACGUACGUCCCACCUCCCCAAAUUCAAUCGUACCUGGCUAACACACCACCACAAGGCACAUCCACUCGAUUUGUGACAUCUCCCUUGGAAGCCACACAAGUAAGGAACCCACAACCUCAAAUAAGAGUUGUGAGAGAGGCUGUCAGUUAUCCACUCAAACAAACUUUCCAGUCGCCACUCCAUCCACCCAAACCAACAUCCACAAGCCCUCCAAACAACAAGCAUAAACCUACGAUUUCAAACACCAGCAAUAAACGAUAA